ACGAAGACUUAAUGUGAAAGCAGCACUGUUAUACACGGGCACGGCAAGUGCAACAAGGACAAUCACAUCAUUCUUCCUUUCUUAGUGAACUCAAAGACCAAAAACAACUACUACUUGGUUUCUUUCUCUGUAACUUGAUAAGGUUAGUGCUUACAAUGAUUAAUACCUGUUAUAACUCUAGAUUUAUCAAGUUCUUGUUCUUCAUUAUUUCUUCCUUGCAUGCUGCUUCUGCUCUUACCUCUGAUGGCUUCACUCUCUUGUCACUCUUGAGAACCUGGACCUUUGUUCCACCUCUAGUCAACUCUACCUGGAGAGCUUCUGAUUCCAAUCCAUGCUCAUGGCUUGGUGUUCAAUGCGACCGUAACAACCAUGUGGUUUCCCUUAACCUCACUAGUCAUGGUAUUUUUGGUCAACUUGGACCACAAAUUGGAAACCUUUAUCACUUGCAUACCCUUUUGUUGUUGGAUAAUGGUUUCUCAGGAAAAGUGCCUUCAGAGCUAAGCAACUGUAGUUUUCUUGAGAAUUUAGACCUUUCUAGGAACAAAUUCACUGGAAGUAUACCAUAUAGUUUGAAUCAGUUGCAAAAUUUACGGUUUUUGAGCUUGUCUUCCAAUCUGCUGACUGGUGAAAUUCCAGAUUCUUUGUUUGAAAUUCAAUCUCUAGAAGAAGUGAGCUUUCACAGUAACCUUCUUAGUGGACUUAUUCCAACUAAUAUUGGAAACUUGACUCAAAUAUUGAGGUUGUAUCUAUAUGGUAAUCAAUUGUCAGAGACUAUUCCUUCAUCCAUUGGUAAUUGCAGUAAAUUGCAGGACCUUGAUUUAUCUUUCAAUCGUUUGAGAGGCGAAAUUCCGGUGAGUAUUUGGAGAAUUCAAACUCUGAGGAGGUUGAUUCUCAAUGAAAAUAAUUUCAAUGAGUCUCUUACUGAUUUUGAAAGUAAUCUGAACCUGAAUUACAUGGACAUGAGCAAGAACAAUAUUAGUGGACUGAUUCCAGCAAGUUUGGGAAAUUGCGUAAAUGUCACAUACAUUAAUUUGUCAUGGAACAAGCUUGGAGGGCCAAUACCAUCAGACCUUGGAAGCCUUGUGAAUCUUGUGACUUUGAAUCUUGCUCAUAAUAACUUGGAAGGUCCUUUGCCACUUCGCCUGUCGAAUUGUACUAAAAUGGAUCGUUUUGACAUCGGAUUCAAUUUCCUAAAUGGUUCAAUCCCGUCGAGUUUGAGAAGUUGGAGAGGCUUAUCCACAUUGAUUUUAAGAGAAAAUCAUUUCACAGGAGGUAUCCCACAGUUUUUGGCAGAAUUUAGCAACCUGCGAGAGCUACAACUUGGCGGAAAUAAUUUUGGAGGCGAAAUUCCUCGAUCAAUGGGAGCAUUGCACAAUUUGUUCUACGGAUUGAAUCUGAGUGCUAAUGGAUUGACAGGAGGGAUUCCUGCAGAAAUCGCGAAGCUACAACUGCUGCAAAGUCUGGACAUAUCUUUCAACAAUUUAACAGGAAGCAUAAAUGUUCUUGAAGGUCUUGUUUCGUUAACUGCGAUCAAUAUUUCUUACAAUCUCCUCAAUGGUUCUGUACCAACUGGCCUUAAUAAUAUAGUAAUGAAGUUAUUGAAAUCCUCGCCAUCAUCGUUCAUGGGUAAUCCUCUCCUAUGUGUCAGUUGUUUGAGUUGCAUUAACUCUAGUUAUGUGAAUCCUUGUUUCUACAAAUCAAAUGAUCACAAAGGUAUCAGUAAUGUUGGAAUUGUGAUGAUAGCACUUGGAUCCUCAAUUCUGAUUUCUUCUGUACUGGUAAUGAUAAUUCGACGGUGUCUUCUUAGAAAGAAUUCAGAUAUGGAGUCCGAUCUAAAUCAAUGGUAUUAUAUUGAUAGAGGAGCUGGAAGGAUUGGAGUCGGAUAUGCUGACGAAUUCAACAUCUCAGGUAAAGAACCGUCAUCCGCCCUUAGGAAUCUAGUGCUGCAGGCUACAGAUAACCUAAGUGAUGAGUAUAUUAUCGGCAGAGGGGCACAUGGUAUCGUGUACAAAGCAAUUCUUGGUGACCAGGUUUUUGCUGUAAAGCAAUUUGAAUUCGCAAGGAACAGGAGAAAACAGCUACGUAUGAUGUGCAAAGAAAUUGAAGUGCUUGGAAUGUAUAAGCAUCGCAACUUGAUCAAAUAUGCAGACUACUGGAUUGGUGAGGAAUAUGGCUUAGUCUUGUAUAAAUUCAUGGAGAACGGUAGUCUUCAUGAUAUCUUGCAUGAAAAGAAUCCCCCGCCGCCUUUAACGUGGAACGCCAGGUUUAACUUAGCUGUUGGAAUUGCCGAAGGAAUUGCAUAUCUGCAUAAUAAUUGUGAUCCACCCAUAGUGCACCGAGAUAUUAAACCGAAGAAUAUUCUUAUUGAUGAGAAUAUGGAUCCAAUUAUAGCUGAUUUUGGUACUGCCCUGUACAGGAAGUCAUCCGAAGAUUCUUAUAGUCAUUCAGAAACGAGGAAAAUGCUUUCGACAAAAGUUAUUGGUACCCCUGGCUACAUUGCACCAGAGAAUGCAUAUCAAGUAGUGCAGGGAAGAAAAUCUGAUGUAUAUAGCUACGGCGUUGUUUUGCUCGAGCUAAUAACCAGAAAGAAAGUGUUAGUUCCCUCUUUGAAUGAUGAGAGAAAAGUGACCCCUUUAGUGAGCUGGGCUAGAACAGUUUGGUUGGAAACAGGCAAAAUUGAGGAUGUUGCUGAUUCAUACCUUGCGAGUUCACUUCUGGAUUCAGCAGCAGUGACCAAGCAAGUCACUACCAUAUUUUUAUUGGCAUUGCAAUGCACAGAGAAGGAUCUACGAAAGAGACCAAUCAUGAAAGAUAUUCUUGGCUUGUAUAGAAAGGAUAUGUUCAAGCGGUGUGAUGAGGAGGAACAGGGUGAUGUGGUUGCAGCUGAUACAUCACUGCAGCCAUGUAGUCCUAAUAUUCUCCCUAACAUUCCAGUUGUUAGUGUUGAGAACCAUCUACAGGGAGAAAGCAGUAGGGAUGCAGCGAAAAGACAAAGAGAAGUUCCAAUCAAUGCGGAGACUGAACCUAAGGAUUACAAUGACUUAAGCUUUUGGCCGGACACUGAUAAAUUUCAAAUGGGAUUCCGUGUUGAAGAAAAUUGGAGUCUCAAGCCUACGAUUUAUAUUGAUGGACUGUUAGUUAAAAUGACGGGAAAUGGUAAGAUAUUGACUGAACAGGUUUUGGUGGUAGCUGCUCUGAAUGUUCCAAAAGUAACCUAUGUGUGGCCUAGUUUGAUUUUCAUUCCCUCUGUCGCUGGUCCGAUAGUAACCAAACCUUUCAAUUGGUUUUUCCUCUCGCGCUGGGGCCAGUAUAUGUACCUUAAUAAAUCCUUGUAUUAUCAACCCAAAUCAUACUUCAUAAAUGCCAACAAAACCAAUACCCUUCAGGACCUGAUAUUGAAGGCUACCGAGAACCUAAAUGAUCAGUAUGUCGUUAGCAGAGAAGCACAUUGUACUGUGUACAAAGUCAUACUUGGUCAACAAGUUUUUGCUUUAAAGAAGUUUGAAUUUGGAAGGAACAAGAAAAUGCACCAAAGUAUCGUCAGCAAUGAAAUUGAAGUCCUUGACGACAUCGAGAUGAUUGUUGACUCACACCUUGCUAGUUCAUUUCCCAAUUCAGCAACACUGACCAAGCAAGUCGCGCCAAUCUUUUUAUUGGUAUUGCAAUGCACAGAGACAGAUCUUCAAAAGAGACUGACCAUAAAAAAUGCCGUUACAACACUACAACCAUUUAUCCCUUGUAACCUCUUUUCUGAUGGUUCAGAUGUUAGUGCUGACAACCAUCUGUCAAUAAGGAAUACUUAUUGCAGUGAUUUUGUUAUAACUAUAUUUGAUGUUAGUUGCUGAAU